UGCGCCGCGUUGCUGGGUUAACUCACCAUCUUCCCACAAUGACCUCUGACCUCAGCUUGUCCUCCUAUGUACCACCAUGGCCCUUACUCCCACUUUCCAAAACCCAUAUCACUUUGCCCGCCACCGGUCAAAUAAAUGGACGUGCAACAUAUGUUCUAGUCUCACCCAAAUGAAUCCUACCCAAGCCCUUGGUCACGAAGCAUCCCUUGAGCAUGCCAAUAAUGCCGCUAUGGACGAUUCCAAUUGGUGGGGUGUACCAGAUUCUAACUGGCAUAAAUCUUGGGAUAUCGAUGCUGUGCCGAUCGUCGACCAUGCUCCCCUCAGCAAGGAAGCUAUGAAGGACCGAGAGCAUAGGUAUUUCGCAGACCAAGUAGAUGACCUGAUCCCUUUCUGGUUACGGAGCGUCAAGGCCGCUGAACGCGGUGAAGUACUCAAACUCACAGACUUUCUUGACUCGUUGGAGGAUCGCGACAUAUGGCCGCCUCGUGUUCCCAACCCAUGGAGAUUUCCGGAGGCGCAGUCUUUCGUCGGAGGCAAAGCCCGUUCUAAAGACAACUGGGCUCCAGACCAGGAAAGCGUUCACGACUGUUGGCGAGGUUGGGGUUCCCAUUCAGGAUACAAGUCCAAUACAUCAUGGGGUAGUGACGAGCGGAAUGGGUUUAGUGUUAAAGGGAAAGAGGUUAGAAACCACAGGAUGAAAUGGGGACCGAGAAUCUCAAUGGAAAACGGUCAUGAUUUCGUCGAGGAAAUAGCAGUUCAGAAAGCAGUAAAUGAUGCACGGAAACAUGAAAUGCACAUCUUCUAUGAGCUUCCGACCCCCGAAAAGAUUAAACGAAUCCAGGAUCUAAUUCGCAGUUUACGCGGUUCGUAGGAUUGUUAUCCAUGAGUGUGUUGUUUCACGAAUUACGCGUUAUCGCUUGGUUGUUCUGUUUGGUUUGCUUCGUGAUUCAUCAGUUUGCCUCUGUAUAGGAAGUUUUAGAUUCAUCGAAACUGCCUCUUUAUGCUUCACCCUCUUAUGUGAUGUAUGGCGGGAUGCGGGGAUUCAAUUGCUUUUGGAACUUGUAUUAUGAGCAUGAAAAAUCUUCAAGAAAAUUUCUCAAGACCUUCCUCCAUCUUUUGGCCGGGUUAAGGAAAUUUAGCAGACCGGCCAUGCGUAUUUUGUCUAUACAAAGUCAAACACACCAAGGUUUAUGUCCAUCCUUACGAGGAUGAGUACCUACAAUGUUCUCGAGGCUUUCCGAGUCUUUAAAAACAUCCUAGCGUUGACGACAGUGACGACGAUACGAAGCUGAACUCUUGGGAAAUUGAAAGACAGCGAUCGGUCUCAAGAAGCGAGAAGUGGUUUCAAGUUGUCGCUGCUUCUGUUUCAUGCAAUCUGAUUUACAACAUCCACACCAGCGGAGUCAGACUCGACGUAUACGACCCGUAAAUAAACGGCCGGCCCAUUGGGCCCGGUGGCGACAGGCACAGUAGAUCAAGUGGACACUAACGCCUAUGCGCGGUAUGGUUGGAAGGGCUUUGGAUUGGCUGCGGCUGUAGGUGCGCUCGAUAACGAUUGUAGUGGGAUUGGUGACGGUGGAGAGGGUUAACCGGAAAGUGAACAUUAAGCUUUAUUCACAAACGGCACAAAGUAAGUACCCCGUUGUGCUGUAAGUAGAAUUAUCGGACGAACCAACCCUGGUGGGGGGCGUUUAGUAGCAACACGACUAUCUUCUUUGCUCA